GACGUAGCUGAGCUGGUGCCCUGCUGUGUUGUGUGAGCAGCAGUCUGCGGGAGAAAGCGGGGCUCGUCGCUGCAUACGGCUCGGCCCGGGGCCCUCACCGCCCUCACCAUGGAGUUUUUAAUGGGGAAUCCGUUCAGCACGCCGGUGGGACAGCGAGUCGAGAGUGCAACAGGCUCCAGCCUGCCAUCAGAAGACUGGGCCCUCAACAUGGAGAUCUGUGACAUGAUCAACAGCUCUGAGGACGGAGCCAAGGACGCAGUCAGAGCCUUAAAGAAAAGGAUCAUGGGGAACAGGAACUUUAAGGAGGUCAUGCUGGCGCUCACUGUCCUGGAGACGUGCGUGAAGAACUGCGGUUACAAGUUUCACAUCCUGGUGACCACGCGGGACUUUGUCGAAGGCGUUCUGGUCCGCUCGAUCAUCCCGAAAAACAACCCUCCGUUGAUUCUGCAUGACAGAGUGCUCAGCAUUGUACAGGCGUGGGCCGAUGCCUUUCGUAGCUCGCCUGACCUGACUGGCGUGGUGUCCGUGUACGAAGACCUGCGCAGGAAGGGACUCGAGUUCCCCGUGACCGAGCUGGACGGCUACGCGCCCAUCCAGGCCCCCCAGAAGCAGCCUUCUCCUGGGAACGGGCCCUCUGUCGCUACCCUGCCCUCCGCGCUGCUCCCCUCCAAACCUCCGCUCAUCCCCCCGCUGACUUCACAGCUAAAACUGGCCCUGGAGGGGAACAAUGCAUUCACAUCUGUCCAGGUGAAACAGCUGAAGACGGAGCUGGGAGUGGUGCGAAGCAACCUGACUAUGAUGUCGGACAUGAUGACUCAGCUGGACCCCGUCACGGUAAAAGAAGCAGACAUGGAGCUGCUGGAGCAGUUAUACACAGUAUGUAAGGAAAUGCAGGACAGAAUUGUGAAGGUGGUCCCCAGGCUGAGUGAGGAGAAGCUGAUCGAGGAGCUGCUGGCAGCGAACGAUGAGAUAAACAGCGCCUUCACCCGCUACCACAGGUUUGAGAGGCGAAUACCAAACAGUCAAAGCGCAGCAGAGAAGAGUCAAACAUACGUCAACCUCACCGACUUCGAUCUGACACCCGAGUCUGUCAGCCAAUCAGGAGUCCCGUCCGUUACCAACAGCUCAUUCAGCCUGUCAAAAGCUGACAGUUUUUCCAGUCAGAUGGCGAGACUUAGUACAUCCGAGUCCGAUGACGCGCUAUCGCAGAAUAUAAAUAUCUCAACUCGACAAAGGCCGAGUGAGCUGAGUGAGGUGGCAGAGGACGGCCCGGCUGAGGCUCAGGACAGCAGGCUACGCAGCGCUGUGGCGGACGGCAGCCCGGCCUCCACCCGCAGCGCCUCGCCAAAGUUAGAUUGGAUGAUUAAGAGGGGAAUGAUUCCUAUCAACCAGUCGACCGUAAUGGAUGACAUUGAGAAAUGGUUGGAGCUGGACAACGAGUAUGACGACCUUGAGGAUGCAGACGGUGUGACCAGUGAAGAGUUUGACAAGUUCUUGGCAGGGAGAGCACAAGCAGCUGAGCGUCUUCCGUCGCUGAGAGCGUCCUCGCAGGACGCAAACCACUCGCAGUCUUCCGCUACACCAGGAACCUGACGAACUAACAGGACUCGCACCGCUUCCGCCACCGGCUGAGAAAAAGACAUUUCCACCUGGGGACGGGGUGAAAGGCACAUGGGAAUUACAGCUCAUCUGAAGAAGAAUGUCAUAGCUGUGUACACUGCUCUUCACUGGGGAGCAAGCGUGCUUUUUAAGUGAUACAUGUAUUGUUGUUUUAUGAAGGGGGGGGGGGGGAGGUUCGUACUUGACAUUGUUAUGAGGGUUUGUCCAUGUGUGGAACGCACACAUUUGCACAUUUUCUAUGGUUACAUUCCUGCUGUUGAAAGAAAGAUGGGGGUAUUGUUACUGAAGGCAACUUUUUCAAAAGAUAUGUACUAUAUUGCGGUUAUAUAUAAAUAUAUAUUGCUGAAAAAAUGAUAAUGGAUUAAGGAAAGCGCUCCUAUCGAAGUAGCAAACACUGUUAGCUUGUGUGUAAGUGAAGCUUGGCUGUUAAAUAAUUAAAUAAUUUGAAUCUUUGGUGAUGUUUUUUUCACAUCAAACAUGCCCUUGUGAAGAUGUUUUAACCGAAGAAGCAGUCGUGACAAACUGUUGUCAUAUUAAACUUAACCUAUUAA